GCCGUCGGUCCUGCAACUGGACGGAAAGACAAUGGCACGCUCGGAAUGUUGCGCUAGCCAUUCUCUAAAACUGGGCGCUGGCGGUGGUGGUGCCGCCUAUGCCGUCAUCGUCGUCGCCGUCCAAGAUCAUCUAGUUGCUAUCGCCCGAUACGCCUGGAGGGCCGCCACCGUUAGCUUCACGCUCGACGCCGACGCGACAACCGGCUCGCAGGUCCGCAACACCACGGACGACUCUGCGCCCGCCGAAUUUGGCAGGGUUCCGCCGUCUUCGGGGGCCUCGAAAGCGCGGGACGCUGCCGCUGUCGUCGUCGACAAAAAAGCUACUGUGGUGCGGCGCCAGAAAUCACGAGAAGCUGCGGCCAGAAAUGGUGCUGCAGAUUCGCAUCUCACAAACCACAUGUCUGACACCCUCAUUGGCAACAGGGUUAUUCUGAACGAGUUCCCAGUGCUGCCCGUCUACCGCCGACAUCCGAUCCCGCUAACCGCCUUUACAGUCACUGCCACGGCCCCCGGAAGCACCGUCAUUGCCACGGCCCCUGGCGCCAGCCUCGAUAACAACCUGGGUCUGGGUGGCCGAGCCGGACGCGAUAUUGGUCAACGCCCAGGCGGCCUCAAACUGCACAAGCGUAUGCGGGGACCUUUUUUGUUGGCCUUCUCAAUCUCGCGGCCAAUGACCUCGGGGAUCAGCUUGGAGGUACACGCCACCGUCACGGAUUCCGGCGCUGAUGCCCGCCGUCUGCAGUUCCCUGACGCCCCGGGGCUCACCGUGGAAUCUGGCUUAGUACGCGAUUCGACCGGCCCUCGCCUCUGGCGCCGUCGAUGCGCAUCUGCUGGCUGCCGCCCUUCUCUGUAUGGCUCGGUGGACAUAAACAGCGCAUUCCGCAGUGCCGCUGCGUCAUGGGAUGAGCGUACAUACUCUCCGCGCUUCUACUUCUGCGCCGCGUCCCACGACGGAGGUCUCACGACUCUGGAUGGGCCACGGCGGCGCCGCGGCCAUAGAAGGGAGAAGGUUAAGCGUAAACGUGAUGUGCCUCCCAAGGCUCAGGAAGACGAUUUUGGAAAAAAUCAAGCUCUUAGCCGAGCCACGAAUCCGGUUAGUUCAGCCACGCAAUGCUUUUUUCUGGUCUCGAUCCUAUCUGGAGUUAGAGACCUCUCCGACAACUAUAAUAAUAAAGGUUACAAUUUGCGGAACUCGGCCUCGUGCACGACACGCGGCUCGCAAGCAAGCAGCACCGCGACCCUCGUGCACGACACGCUGCUCGCGAGCAAGCAGCACCGCGACCGCUCGCAACCGGUCGUCGAGGCCCUGCGCAGCCUCCCGCAGCUCUGAGUUUUGAAAAGUUCGUUGCCGGCUCUAUCUCAGAAGCCAUUGCGCGCUCGUAUGACAGGCUGCUGGGCCCAGCCACGCGUCCAUCUGAUGGCGCCCGUAGCUGAUGCAGAAACGCCUCCGGAAACGGACGGCGGAUAUCUGGGUCACAGAUCAACGUGACACUCGAUAACAACACGGCAACUUUGCCAUUGCGCGCUUGUAUGACGGGCUGCUGGUGCCCAGCCACGCGUCCAUCUUGAUGGCGCCCGUGGCCGAUGCAGAAACGCCUCCGGGAACGGACGGCGGAUAUUCUAGAUCGCAGAUCAAUAUCACCGCACAGUCAACUGCAUGAGACAAGGCUGCAAUAUGGUCGCUGUAUUCG